CCCCGAGUUCUUUUGCAGAAGUCUUCAAUUGUUGUGUGUUCAGAAUGGAAGGAGACUAUAUUGCUUUGAGUUUUACUGUUCUAAGUUUGUUUCUUCUUACAUUGUAUGUUCCUCAGGUGGAAGGACAAAGGCAACCGCUUGUUUCAGCACUGUAUGUGUUUGGAGAUUCGGGCAUAGAUCCUGGUAACAACAAUCCUCUUCCUACUCUUAUCAGAUCUAACUUCCCUCCCUACGGAAGAGAUUUUCCAAAUGGUCGACCUACUGGAAGAUUUACAAACGGAAGAUUAAUUACAGACCAACUAUCUCAGCUGUUUGGGCUUCCAGAUUUGCUGCCUGCAUCUUUGGAUCCCGAAUUUCGAGGACAAAAGCUGCUGACAGGUGCCAGUUUCGGUUCAUCUGCUUCAGGAUAUGCAGACAGUACUUCUAUUCCUUUGAGUGUUUUGCCACUGGAGAUACAAGUGAAAAAUUUCAGGCUCUAUAAAAUACGGCUUGCAAGAUUAUUUGGGCAUGAAACUGCCAACAGGAUCGUAUCUGAAGCACUUUUUACUAUAAGCACAGGAACUGAUGACUUCGCCAAUAAUUAUUACAUAAAUCCUCUAACCAGGGGAAUGUAUACCAUUGAACAGUUUCAGGAUCUGCUUCUCGAGUCUCUAAGUGAAUUUAUACGGAAUGUUUCCCGUGAAGGUGCUACUAAAAUUGCCAUUGUUGGGCUUCCUCCUUUUGGUUGUUUGCCUUCCCAAAUUACUCUCCACAACAUAACGGGAAAUAAUUGUUUCGAGGAGUUUAAUGAGGUUGCGAGCUCUUUCAAUGCCAAGAUCAAAGCUUUAAUAGAGAACAUAAAGCCCGAUUAUCCAGGUGUUCUUAUUUUUUAUGAAGAUUUAUACGAUAAGCUCUUAGACAUCAUUAAAUCUCCCACUAAGUAUGGUUUUGUAGAAGCGAGGAGAGGUUGCUGUGGAACAGGUCUGUUGGAGACAGCUAUAUUGUGCAACCCUAGCACAAUAAGUUGUCCUGAUCCAUCCACGUAUGUGUUCUGGGAUAGUUUUCAUCCAACAACUGAAUGUUAUCAAAUCAUUGCCAAUGACUUGUUCCAGCAGGCUCUGGCUGCAAUCAACUCACCAACCACAAGAAACUAAUGCAAAGAUAAUUGAGUAGGGUCUGCAUUACUUUACAAUAAAUUGGAAGAGAAGCCUAGUAAAAUAAAAUGUUUUGCUCAAGAGUGGAAGUGAUUUGUUUAUUAUUAUAAUGAUAUUUUUGGAAGACAUUUUGUCAUAAUAACUAUAAGUUUUGGAUCUGAAAAAUAAAAGAUAUAUUAUAUAGUGUCAGAUCCUAAUAA